AUGCAUACAUUCAUAACUGUUCUGUUCCUCGUCCUCGCUUCGAUAAUCGGCUCUGUCUUUGCCCAACAGCGAUGGAACGAGACGGGAAAUUUGGUAGGCUAUGGGGCAAGCGGGCAGCCACUCUAUCGGGCCACGCAAUUGCCGGAUAUGAGCCAGUACAGCCGGCCCGUGACGCUUGCUCGUACGGAAACCGGCCAAUUGCAGUUUGCGUACUACAUCGAAAACAACACCUAUUUGCGCUUUAUGACGAUGAUGACGGGGUUUAAGCUUGGACAUGCAUUCAUGGGUCUCGGCUUCGGCGACUCCAUGCUCAUAGCCGAUUUCGUAAUCACGCACCUCGGCCCCGACGGUUCCACCGUCGAAUCCCACGAACACAUCCACCGCAUGCAAUACGCGCCCCCCUGGGCCUCUGAAAACCCCGAGCCGUGGGUGAUCGAGCCCAUCAACGGCGGCUUGGUGAACGGCACCUUCUUCAGCGAGAUCCGACGCCCGUUUGAUCCCCCGCAGCGUAGUCGACCGCAUGUUGCGCUGGCGAGGGGAGAUGUUGGCGAUGGACAGCAUGUUAUUUGGGCGUAUAAUGUGGAUUCGCCGAAGAAUGAUUGGGGUGGGAAUUUUGAGUAUCAUAAUCCCAACCCAGGAAGCAAGACCGGCCUCCCCAGCGAAAUCGGCCAAACCCACGGCAAGAUGCUCGUCAACUUCGACCGCCGCAGCAUUAUCUAUCAAGCGGUGCCCAACCCCGCCGGCCGCCUCGCCCACGGCAUCAUGAUGUUCACCGCCGCGCUCGUCAUCUUCCCCGCCGGCGCCUUCUACUCCCGCUACAUGCGCUUCAUCCCCAGAUGGAUCUGGGUCCACAUCGCGCUGCAGAGCAUCGGCUACAUCACCCUUCUCGCCGGUCUGGUCACGAUGGUCCUCACCAUCCGCACGUUCCGAGUCCACCCGCAUUCCAUCCUAGGUCUCGUGCUCAUUGGGUUAUUGACCGCGCAGGUGUUUUUUGGAUUCAGCAACCGCUCCCUCCUCCGCACCGACCUCCCGCGCACCCCGCGCCGCACAAUGGUCAAAUGGUUCCACCGCCUGCUCGGCACAGCCCUGAUCCUCGGCGCCGUCGUGCAGGUCUACCUCGGCCUGCGGAUCCUGUAUCCACUGGAGGAGCCGCGCGGGGACGCCUUCUGGAUCGUGUAUUUUGUCGUCAUUGGGUUCUGGGUGGCCGUGUUUGUGUGCACGCAGAUUGGACGCAGGGCGUUCUUUGUGAUUAAGGACAGGCCGUAUGCGGCCGUGCCGACCGAGGAGGGCGGGAAGUUUAGGGAGCCGCCGGGGAUUGUGGAGUUGAAUAGACGACAGGGGGGAAGGUUGUAUCCGAAUUUGGAAGCUUAUGAUUGGAAGGCGUUGGAUAAUGAGAUUCGUCAUGGUCGCCUCUUGGUCGUUGCAAACUCACGCUACAUCUACGACACGUCAGAGUGGAUCACUAGUCACCCCGGAGGCCAGUCCAUCUUGUUGGCCGUUGCGGGAACAGACAUCACAAGCGACUACUUCCAUGAAGGCGGAUACGAUGCGGUGGAGUUCACACCGGCCCCCCCAGCCCCCAAACAAAGCUCCCGCCGCAAGAAAGCGCCCGUGCCCAACAUGACCGCCACGCCCGACGCGCGCCUUUCGAUUUCCGACAUCCAGGGCGGGGAGGUGGAGGCGUACACCAUGACGGCGCCCGCGGUGUUGACGCAGGCGGAUUGGACAAAGAUCACCCGGGCGAGGAGGCCGCAUGUUCACACCAAGCUGGCCAUCAUGCGUCUCGCCCACCUCCUAGUCGGCGAACUCACCCCCGCCGCGUCCUCUCCGGAUGAUCCCGGCUCCCUCUACCACUUCGACCCGUACGAAUACCGCCGCUACGCCUUGACUUCAAAGGAGCUCCUAACCGACCCCACCCAAAACUGCGCGCACCAGAUCUACCGGCUCCGCUUCUGCCUCCUGUACCCCUUCGAGCCGCGCACCGCCGCCCCCGACGAGAUCCUGCCGGGCCAGUGCAUCGAGCUCCAAGUCCGCGUCAACGGCGUGCCGAUGGCGCGAUACUACUCCCCCGUCACCGGCACGCUCUCCGCCCUCGAGGUGUGGGUUAAGGCGUACCCGACCCAGGGGGUGAGCAGCUUUGUGUGCCGGGAACGCCCCGGGGACAGGCAGUUCAAGAUCAGGGGUCCGUUUGGGCCGCCGUUGCUGGAUCUGAUCAGUCCGAGCUUGAAGCCGGAGAGUUGGAUUUGGGGGAGUAUAUUGUAUGUCGCGGGCGGGACGGGGAUCACGCCGUUUUUGCAGCUGUGCCAGUAUCUGUUUCUGCCGGUCGGUGUGCCGUUGAAGGCCUCGUCCGCAUACACCCCAACAAUGCCCGACGAACUCACCAUACGCGCCAACGACAUCCUCGUCGUAACCCACCACUACCUCGACGGCUGGGCGCACGGCACGAACCUCGACACGAACGAAGACGGCGUGUUCCCGCUCCCGAUCACGGUCCCGCGGCACGGGCCGCACGUCAAGCUGGUCCUGCUGAACUGCGCGUCGUUUGUCGGGGAUCUGGUCGGCGGGGAGAUCAUCGACGCCGUGCUGUUGAGUUACCCGGCCCAGUUGGAGGUGCAUCAUUGUGUCGCCGGCGGCGUGCCCGACGGUCGCGGGCGGUUCAGCGGCUUCGCGUACACCGGCCACCUGACGGACCGCAUUCUCCGCGAAGCCGUUCGCGGCGCCGCCAGCACGUCCAGCCCCGGGAUGCGCUCCCGGGACGACCAUUCGCACGUACAGGGGAAAUGGAGUAUUGUGUCGGGGCCGGCGAGUUUCAAUGAGUUUGUUUAUGGGAAGUUGGUGCAGAUGUUUGGAUAUAGGGAUAAGGAUAUCGCGGUGUUGAGUAACUCGGUUGCUGAUUGGAGGCAGGAGGGGUGA